UUCAUACCUCUGAUGAUGUCAACAAAACAUAUUAGCUUAACCCAAUGGUUCCCAACUCUGGGGUCAGGACCCCUUCAGGGAAGUUGGGAGAUGAUUACCAAGAUAAAACACAAUAAAAAUCCUAAUUCUGACACACAAAUGUUUCUUUUUCUAUCAUUAUCAUCUAGUAAUUAUCACAUUAACAUGACUCACUGACAUGCAGCCUGUGACAAGGAGCCACAAGUAGACAUUGCCUUGUUUUAAGCAUCACAACUCACAAUGUGCGGUUCUCCCUGGUAAUCCGGUUACAUUUGAGAGAGUAAAGAUUUGGCUUGUGUGGAAGCAGCUGUAACUCACUGUCAGGAAGAUAUAACUCACACUUUGUACUAAAGUGUUUUAUAGAAACACAGAUUUGUUAGACCAGAAGAUUGCCGCUGAGCAACAGAAAACAGAAGUUUUUCUAUGCUCAUAAAGCUUUGUGGUGACCUCUGCUGGUGAGGAAUGAGCAUUGAGCAUUCCUGAGAUGGGAAGUCCUUUUGGCUAUUUUUAACUACAGACGCUGACAUGUAUGACAAUGUGGAAUUUUUGCACUUCCCUAUUAACAAUUAUAGUGCUGUUAAAGCUGAAACAUUGUUCUAUUCCAUGAACGCAGCUCAUUCCUUUUUCAAUUCCCUGCGUGUGAUAUUUUCCACUGUGAGUACAUUUUCCGUACUCAUCUUCAGUUAACCUGGCCAGACAAGCAGGCGAGCAGGUCUAGUAGGAGUUCCGAUAAGGACUUGUCGGACAGGAGUGAAGUCACCUCCAGUGAGAGUGCUCCUCGAGGGGGGGAGUGCGGUAAUGGCUCACACACUGUGCAGGUGGAGCUUUUAUUUCCAGAAAUAUACCUAAACAGUUGCACAGCAUUUGGGAGCAGACAUGGCGACUGAUCAGAAGAUGGACACAACACAAACUUUAUAGUGGUGCAAAAAAAAAAAAACACUGAAAAUUACAGAUCAACACUUUUUUGCUGAUAAGACAAAUUAUGGAUUCAGCACUUUGAACAAGGAACACAGAUGAAUAAAUCAACACCGCAGGGUAAUGACGACAAUCAAACGAAUGACUUACGCAAUAAUCACACCUAGAGUGUAGGUGUUUCUUUCCACAGUGACCACACUCCACUUCAGGGAGGAGGAACCGUUUGAUCAUCCCUUUUCCUUUUCUUCCUUUCAGGUAUUGAGACAUCAGCUGGCAUUUCCUUUUCUCUUGCGAGACACUUCCUCAACCUGUAAACCAAUUUGUGCGCGUGUACAGGUGCAAGUGCAUGUAUGUGUAUGUGUUGUGUAAAGCAGCGCAGCACCAGGCAAAAUCCCCCUCACAGCACUAUAAGAGGAGACAGCAUGGAGACACAGAGACACAUCUUCCACAGGACUCGUCCUCUGAGCGACCCACACACACACACACACACACACACACACACAAGCAUACAGGUGAGUUCACAGGUGAUCUCUGCGAUGCUUCCUGAGCAUUGCCAUAGACACUUUCUUUACUGUUAGAUGCUCUUAACAUAAUGAUGCUUUGGAUUUUGAAACGAGUUUACUGUUUUGAAAACCUUGGUCAGACAAAGUUAAUAUUGUGAAGACUACAAAGUUUUACUCUAACUGUUUUCCUAUCAUUUGACAGAACUAUCUAUAAUCUAUAAUUAAACUAAUCCUUAGAUAACCUUGACCUACAUAAUCACUGAUGAUAUGAUGAUAUAUUUGAAGACAUUUCAACAAAAGAUGUUUCGACUCCAGGUAACCAUGGUGAUGGACAUGCUGCUGGGCUCCUCUAUCUGCCUGCUCCUCCUGCUCAGCUGUCUGGGUGAACCUGUGGAGAGCCGAGCUCUGCAUCUGGACAGCUGCUCCGUCAAUGUGCACACACACGAAUUGCGGAAAUAUUACUCCACCAUACGAUCAGAUGCAGUAGAAGGAGACCGUGAGAUUGGAAUAAGACUUCUGGACAAAUCGUUGAUAAAGGAUGUUCAGGAGGGACAGGUGUGCUGUUUCCUGCAUCUUGUGCUGCGUUUCUACGUUGAGAGAGUGUUCAGCAACUACGCUUCUUCACAGCCACAGCAGCAGCGCUGCUCCAGUGCUCUGGCCAACGCUUUUGUCAGCAUCAGAAAGGAUAUACAUAAAUGCCACUGCCAAUGUGGAGAGGAAACCCGGAGAAAAGCUGAUUCCAUCCAUGCUGAGUUUAUCAAGCUUCAGGCGAGCGAGGCAGCACAGAAGGCCAUGGGGGAACUGGACACUGUGCUGGACUGGCUGGAAGGACUGAGCCAGAAAACACACUUGUGAUCGGACGGAUGUUGAGGGAUCCCCAGGCUAGCAUCACAGCUGGAAAUUCACAUCUGGGCCAGUUUGCAUUUCUCUGUUUUGUACUUUAAUUUAUUUGAUGUGUUUGUUAUCCACUGACAUGUCAUAAGUUAUUUUUUUAAGUAUUAAUAUUUAUUGAAAAUAGAAGGCUUUUUUAUGGUCUUGUAUGUGUGCUUCUACUGUAAAGGUUGAUAUGCAGACUAAACAAAUGGUUUGAUUUCAACAGUUUCUUUUGAUAAUGCUUAAA